AUGCGCCUUCAACCGCCCUCCGGGGCUGGGACGCCUGUCUCCGACACCAAGAACAUGAUGAAAGAGGAGAUGCCCGGCAAUGUCCCCAAGCGCAUGGCCAUUAUCGGCAUGGCCUGCCGUCUACCAGGGCAGGUGUCGACAGCCGAGGAUUUCUGGGAUCUGUGCUCGCGAGCCCGAAGCGCCUGGUCGCCCAUGCCGCAGAGCCGAUUCAACGCCGAUGCCUUCUACCACCCGAACCCUGACCGGCCCGGCUCGUUUAACCCGGGAGGCGCACAUUUCCUAGACGAAGAUGUUGGGUUGUUCGAUGCGCCGUUCUUCAAUAUCACUCUCCAAGAAGCACGCUCUCUUGAUCCGCAACAGCGCAUCAUGCUCGAAUGCGUGUACGAAGCCCUCGAAAAUGCCGGUAUCCCUAAUCACUCGAUCUCCGGGCGCCGUGUUGGCGUGUUUGCCGGCGCCUCGUAUCCCGACUACGAGCUGAACAACACCAAGGAUGUUGAGGCGGUUCCCAUGUAUGCCUCGACAGGCACUGCCACGGCACUGCAGUCAAAUCGCAUCUCAUACUACUUUGAUUUGAGCGGCCCCAGUCUUACGGUCGACACGGCAUGCUCGUCCAGUUUAUCGGCUCUACAUCUCGCCUCCCAGAGUAUUCGGAAUGGCGAGUGUUCUAUUGCGAUUGUCGGCGGUUGCCACUUGAACCUCGUCCCCGAGCCCUUUGUGUCUAUGACACGUUCCAGACUUCUCGCCGACACUGGAAAAUCAUAUACGUUUGACCACCGAGGCACCGGCUUUGGUCGCGGCGAGGGGGCCGGAUGUAUCAUAUUGAAGUCGCUCGAGGAUGCCGAGGCUGCUGGCGAUGCGAUCAGAUCUGUUAUUGUCAACAGCGGACUCAACCAAGAUGGACGAACCCGGGGCAUCGCAAUGCCCAACGGCGAGGCGCAGGAGGCGUUGAUCCGCCACGUCUAUAAGGAAGCGCACCUCAAUCCCGCCUUGACGGGAUACGUCGAGGCCCACGGAACGGGCACCAAAGUUGGAGAUCCCCUCGAGGCUGCCGCACUGAAUGCGGUGUUUGGCGAGGGACGAACACCACGACAACCGCUGUUCGUGGGCUCUGUGAAAUCCAACAUCGGCCACACGGAGGGGUCCAGUGGAAUCAUCUCCGUCAUCAAGACCUCGCUGAUGCUGGAGCGAGGAUUCGUGCUGCCCAAUUGCAACUUUGAGAAAGCAAAUAACGAGAUUCCCUUGGACAAAUGGAAUAUGAAGGUUCCCAAGAAACUCCAACCAUGGCCGCGGGGCAAGCCAUAUGCAAGCGUGAACAACUUUGGCUUUGGCGGGACCAACGCCCACGUUGUCUUGGAGCGCGGUCCCCGAAACGAGGGUGAGGGCGCAGAGAACACAGACCCACUCGGCCGCAGGCUAUACGUCGUGUCCGGACAUGAUAAACGCGCUGUUAUCCAGCUUGGCAACGAGCUGGUGACUUAUAUCGACCUCCACCCACCUGUGUUUGAUGACAGCUUGAUGGAUAAUAUAGCCUACACCCUAGGCCAGCGACGAACCUUCCACCCGUGGAGGAUAGCCGUGUCUGCUUCCCUACACACUGACUUGAUUGGCACCCUCUCAAACAACCCUGAGCCUGUCCGCUCUUCUCGUGAACCCACCGUCGGGUUUGUGUUUACUGGCCAAGGUGCCCAGUGGCACGGGAUGGGCAAGGAGCUAUUGAGUACAUACCCAGUCUUUAACCAAACGCUCAAGACUGUGGAUGGCUGCUUGAAGUCCCUUGGUGCUAAGUUCUCCAUUAUUGAUGAACUUCUAUUGAGCGACCCCGCUGCAAGCUCAAUCUCUGCAGCAUACAUGAGCCAGCCAGCUUGCACGGCAGUCCAACUGGCGCUGGUGGACUUGCUCUCAUCUUGGGGAGUCCAUCCCAAGGGAGUAGUCGGCCACUCCAGCGGCGAGAUUGCUGCAGCGUAUGCGGCAGGUAUCCUGACAGUGGAAGAAUGUGUCCGAGUCGCGUACUUUCGUGGUGUUGCGGCAAACCUUCUGACGAACGACAAGUCCGUCCAGGGAGCCAUGUUGGCCGUCGGAGCCAACGCCGGAGAGGUUCAGCAGAUUCUCGAUGCGAUGCGAGGCCAAAGAGCAGUCGUCGCUUGUGUGAACAGUGAAUCGAGCGUCACAUUAUCUGGAGACCGAGAUGUUAUCACCGAACUCCAAACCGCCCUGGACAAAGAAGGAAUCUUCACCCGCAGACUGCAGGUCGAGGUCGCCUACCAUUCCCACCACAUGCAAAGAGUAUCCCAACAAUACAGGUCAUUGCUUGGAAAAAUCGCACCCCGUGCUUCUGAGAUCCCCUUCCAUUCCACCGUUCGUGGCCAGGUGGUGCCGGGGGCUGCCCUUGACGCUUCAUACUGGGUUGAUAACCUGGUUUCGCGGGUGGAAUUUGUCAAGGGUGUCAAGAGUCUUCUGACGGAACAAGACACACAAAUUAGUUCUCUGGUCGAAGUUGGGCCACACCCUGCGCUCCAGACCCCCGUCAAGGACAUUAUCCACACCCAUGCCCCGACCCGCAAUGUACACUACAUCCACACCUUGAAGCGCAAAAUGGAUGCCAUUGAAGCUGUUCAACACAUGGCAGGCUCCUUGUUUACCCAGGGAAUGACGAUUAACUUCCAAGCCGUCAACUUCCCCAAUCUCGGCCAGACAAAGCGCAAGCCCGCUGUCCUGACGAACCUUCCCAAAUACCCGUGGAAUCACACCGAGAAAUACUGGGUUAACUCACGGAUAACAGACAAUCUCUAUCGUCGAAAAUUCCCGCGCAAUGAUAUUCUGGGUUCUCUCACCAUGGAGAAUGUGGACCUUGAGCCUCGAUGGAGGAACAUCAUCCGCGUGGACGACCAUCCAUGGAUCCGUCAACAUAGAGUACACGACAGCAACGUCUAUCCCAUGACCGGCUUUCUCGCCAUGGCCAUGGAGGCAAUCUCUCAACAGGCGCAGCUGCAUCAUCUUACCCCGGGAAAGAUCAAUCUCCGCGAUAUUUCCAUCAGCCGUAUACUCACCAUCCCGGACAACUCAUCCGUCGAAACCAUGCUGAGUCUACGCCCAUGUCGGAGUGAGGCACCAGGGAAAUCAGUGCUUGGCUGGCAUGAGUUCAAGGUCUUCUCUUGGGCUGAAGGCCGAGGAUGGGACCAGCACUGUAAUGGGUUUGUUAUAGUGGAAGAGGCCAAGGAGAUCAACCCGGUGAAUGGUUCUCAACGGCAGGCGGCAACUGCCGCACAGCUCGCCAAGCGAUCCUUGGACAUGCGUGCCUCCUGCACAGUGCCUAUUGACCGUGAAGUCCUUUACGACAACAUUACCGACGGCGGCGUUCACUACGGGCCCCUGUUCCAGGGACUAUCCGAUAUCUCAGUGAGCACCGAUCAGCGAGCGUUGGCCACAAUCCGGGUUCCGGACACCAAGACCUGCAUGCCCCACGAGUAUGAGACAAAGUGCAUUGUCCACCCAGUUACACUUGACCAGUGCUGUCAACUCAUGUGGGUGAUGCGAGGCUUUGGCCAGCCAGGACCGAAAACCACUCACGUUCCGUCGCAUGUACGACACAUCUCAGUUUCUUUGACGCACGAGUUGGGAGCUGGCACUCAACUUCAACUUUCUGGUCACCAGGCGAAAACGAAGUCCGCAAGCAGCCCCGAGAAUAACUGGAUCACUGCCACCGACCCCAACAACGCGUCUAAUGUCAUUAUUGACAUCGAUGGAAUCACGCUUGUGCCUGUGUCCAACGAAAUCAAGGGCUCCAAGGACAGGGCGCCCAGUUCUAUAUGCUACAAGCUGCAAUGGGAGCCCUGCUUCGAGUUUCUGUCUGGCGACGACUACCAGCAACUCUCUCGACCGGACGUUGGCGAUGGCAAGGGUGGGCAAAGAAUGCAUCAACUGGACUGCGUGGCAGAGCACUUCCUACGAAAGGUUCUGCGUUCUGUCCCAGAAGACGAGUUUGAUCUUUUUGAGACCUACCAUCAGAAGUUCUAUCGCUGGGCCCAGAAGACGUGCCAGACGGUUGGCCCAGCGGAGGAGAUGUCAACUAAGGCCAUUGAGACAGCUCGGAUGAUCAAUGGUGCCUUCGACACCACAUGCACAGUUGGCAACCUGCUGCCCCAAAUUCUCCGUGGCCAAGUCGACGCCCUGACCGUCCUUCUUGAGAACGAUAUGCUCAGCAAGCACUACCAAGACCUAGAUAGUCUGCGCGAGGCGUAUGCCAACGCCUCGGUUUGCGUCGACAAGAUGGCCCACCAGAACCCAGAGCUCAACAUUCUCGAAAUCGGCGCUGGAACCGGUGGUGCCACUCUUCCCAUUCUGCAGAGCCUCGGCGGUGAUGCUGGCACCACGCCCCGGUUCGGACACUACACUUACACGGAUAUCUCGCCUGGUUUCUUUGAGAAAGCGAGAACGAAAUUCGAGAGCUGGGGCCAUCUUAUGACAUAUCAAACACUCGACAUCUCUGCUGAUCCAGUCGGGCAGGGCUUCAAGACCGGAUCGUACGAUUUGGUUGUUGCCUGCAACGUCUUGCAUGCCACCCCGGAGAUCAACCAAACCAUGGCCCACAUUCGCUCUCUUCUGAGACCUGGCGGGAAGAUCAUGCUAAUUGAAGAAACUGUCCCCAAGGCUCGGCAUUUCCCAUUCGCGCUCCUGCCUGGCUGGUGGCUCGCUAGUGAUGACCUUCGCAAGGAUGGACCUCUUCUCACCGUUGAUGGGUGGAGCAAUGUUAUGAAAGCCAACGACUUCGCCGGUGUUGAGCUCUGCAUUGAAGAAUAUCCGGGUGCUUCGCACCAAUCUGGUUGUCUCAUGAUGUCCACGGCCAAUGCCCCGAGAACUGGGCCAACAAACCCUGGCGACGUGGCAAUUAUUGGCACCGAAUCACUCGGCAGUUUGUCACUACUGAGCUUGGAAGCUGGCAUGCGGAAAAUGACCGGCGUUGUACCAACCACAGCAACGAGCCUGGAUUCGAUCGAUGUGACCGGGAAAUGGUGCAUUUUCCUGGGUGGCAUGGACCGAUCUGUGCUGUCACAUCUGAGCCGGGAGAACUUCCAAGCCUUCCAACGCUUGGUGGGUCGCGCAAGAGGACUCCUCUGGCCUAUCCGUCACGACAAAUACAACCCCCAGUCCCUCGGCGCAAACAUGGCAAUCGGCUUGGCCCGGACGGUCAGAUCAGAGACAGGGCUCCAGUUUGCAACAUUAGAUCUGGGUGAGCGGCAGAGUAUGCCCAAUGCAGAGGCAGUGGACCAUAUACUCAAGGUAUUUAAUGGGGUCUUCUGUCAGAAGUCGCAGCUCAUGCAGGGCGACAUGGAGUUUGUUGUUCGCGAUGGGCGGAUCUGUGUUCCUCGUCUGCUUGACAACCAAGCUCUGAACCUGAGCGUCCAGCAAGAAACAACCGAUGCCCCGCCUCAGAUGCAGCUCUUCAAGCAACAGGAUCGGCCCCUGCGACUCACGGCGGGGGAUAGCAGAGUGCUGGACGAAUUGUACUUUACCGAUGACAUUUCCCGUGCAUCCCCUCUGCCCGACGACCACAUUGAGAUCCAGGUCUGCUGUACAGGCCUCAAUUUCCGCGAUGUUUUGAUGGCGAUGGGCCAGCUGCAAGGCAACAAACUUGGCCAAGAGUGCAGCGGUGUUGUCACCCAAGUGGGCGCUGCCGUCAGGUAUAUUAAGACAGGCGAUCGAGUCUGCGCGAUGUCGCCGGGGUCUUUGUCAACAUACACGCGAUGCCCGGCCUCUGGUGCAUGGGUUAUCCCAGAUGACAUGUCAUGGGAAGUCGCCGCAUCCAUCCCCGCCGUGUUCUGCACUGCCUACUACUCUCUAGUUGACCUGGGAAGACUGUCUCAGGACGAGAGCGUUCUCAUUCACGCCGCUGCUGGGGGCGUCGGGCAAGCAGCGAUCGUGAUUGCCCAACGCCUCGGAGCCAGGAUCUUUGCAACUGUUGGCAGUCUGGAGAAGAAGAAGUUCCUGAUGGAGACGUACCAGCUUCCGGAAGAGCAGAUAUUCUUCAGUCGUGACACCUCAUUUGCAGAAGGCAUCAAGGAAGCCACCGGUGGGCAGGGCGUGGACGUUGCUCUGAACUCGCUGAGCGGCGAUGCCCUGCAAGCAACGUUCGAGUGUGUGGCCCCGUUCGGCCGAUUUAUCGAGCUGGGCAAGCGGGACAUCACGCAGAACUCGCGGCUCGAAAUGGCUCACUUCAACCAGAACCUGUCAUUUGCCUCGGUCGACUUGGGCAUAGUGAGGGAAAAGCGUCCUAAACUGUUGAAGCGCCUGUUGCGGGAUUCGUUCAAGGUGUUUGUUGAGACAAAAUCCCACUUGCGUUGGCCGGUUACUACACUGCCGAUUUCCGAGGUGGAGACUGGGUUCCGUGCAUUGCAGGGCGGGCAAGUAAUUGGCAAGAUGGUUGUUGAAGUCACGGAUGAUGCUUUGGUAAAGGUUCACCCGGCACGGAAAGAAGAGAAGCUCCUCCGGCCUGAUGCUUCUUAUAUUGUUGUUGGAGGAACUGGCGGGAUUGGUCUCGAUAUCGCCAGCUGGAUGCCUCAGAAGGGAGCAAAGCAUCUUGUGUUGGUUUCCAGGAGCGGCGCAUCAACUGAAAAAGCCCAACAGACUGUCCAAGACCUCAAGAGCGAGGGGGUCACUGUGGAGGUUUGUCGCUGUGAUGUUUCCAACCAGCAGAGCGUGGAGCAGAACCUUGCUCCACUUCUCAGUCGAAUGCCUCCAGUGCGCGGUGUAGUAUACGGUGCGAUGGUUCUCCGCGACAUGCUUUUUGAGAAGGUCAGUUUCGAGGACUACGAAACUGUCAUAAGACCCCGAGUCCACGGAAUCUGGCACCUCCAACGUACAAUCCAGUCACUCAACAGCAGCGACACCCUCGACUUCUUUGUGAGUCUGUCAUCAGCCGCCAGUUUCGUCGGUAAUCUAGGCCAAUCCGCCUACGCCGCCAGUGGCAGCUUCAUGGCAGCACUGGCCCAGUACCCAGAGACAGCCAAGAUACCAUGCACAACAAUUGACCUGCCCAUUGUGCGUGGGGUGGGCUACCUCUCCGACGACCAGAAGCGCGAGCAAAUCGCCCAGCAACUCGGGACCGAGUCCAUCGAUGCCACCGACAUCCGCGGGCUGGUCACUGCAGCCAUGCGCAAGGAAAUGCAGAAAACCUGUGAAGGCCACUGUGUGGUCGGUUUCGACGGCGUCAAGACCACACCGGUCACCGAGCAGCCGUUCUGGGUGAACGACACCAAGCUCUCGCAUCUGCUGCGGUUGUCCACAUUGGCGGGAGCCGGUGCCCUGGCAGAUCCCGCGCAGACGAGCACGGAGAUCUCGCCUGCGACUGCGGUCCGCCAGUCUCGUGGGCGUGACAGCGCCGAGACUAUCGUUGUGACUGCACUGAUCCAAAAGGUCUCCAGUAUCCUCAUGCGCCCCGUCGAGGAACUGGAUCCCGGUGCGCCUAUCUCGGUGUAUGGGCUUGACUCGCUGGUGGCAAUUGAGAUCCGUAACUGGAUUACUCGCGAGCUGGAGGCCAACCUCCAGAUCCUUGAGAUCCUCACCAGUGACUCUGUUCCCGCUCUCGCGGAGACUAUCCUCCGGAAGUCGGGUAUGCUGACUCCGGAAGUAAAGACCGAGUGGGGUUUGGAUUUGGCGGAAGCGCGAACAGGUCAGGAGUGA